CACCAGAUCACUAAACUCCCACGUAACCACAUUUGAUCACAGCCAUAUUAUUCAAUUUUGGCCACCUAUCCAUUUUAACCCCACCACAUACAAACCACACGUAUGUUUACUAUAGAUUCUACCACAAUUUGCCAUCUCGUCUACUUGGAAUCAGAUUGAAAUCCAAAAGAUGGGUCUAAGAGCACUGCCUCUUCAACACAACGGGGGAUUCCUCUCCACGACCAAAGUCCCCAUCUCAAGAACCUCGCCGAGAAUAAGCCGGAACCCUAGAUGGGUCGUCGUGUCUGCGAAGCAAGAGAAAGACGAGGAGAAUAAGAAGAAGGAAGAGGAGACUUCGUUGUUCACUAAGCUAACGGAUGCGUUGGAUUUCUCACAGGUUCGGUCGGAGAAAGACGCCGAGCUUCUCUACGAGGCACGUGAAGCCACCAAAUCUGGCGGCAAGAUGAACAAAGAGCAGUAUGGGGCUUUGAGAAGAAAGAUCGGAGGGACAUACAAGGACUUUUUCAAAUCCUACGUUGAAGUGGAUGGGGAAUAUGUGGAGGAAGGAUGGGUGGACAAAACAUGUAAAAUAUGCAAAAAGGACACAAAGGGUGAGGCAAGACAAGUGGACAAGUUAGGGAGAUAUGCUCAUGUCUCUUGUCUUCAAAAUCCCUCCAGUUCUUCUGGAAAUUUCUUCACCAGACUCUUCUCUAGAUGAUCAAUUUCCUAAACCCUAUAUAUUUGAAUGUUUUUUUUUUUUGGUAGCUAAAAUUGCAAUUUUGCGUAUUUUUAUAGAAAUCGAUAUUCAUGUACCAUACCAAAAAAAAAUAAUGCAUGUUUAUUGAAAACUUGAGAAACAAAGAGACAUAUAAUUUGACCAACACUAGUUACAAGCCUAACCUCAAUUUUACAAUUUUCCCACGCAUAACUUUUCAAAGGCCAUUACUUAAAUUACU